GUUCCCAGGUCCCAGUCAGGCCAGUCAGCACUGCAGCGUUCCCAGUCAGGCCGUCAGCACUGCAGCUUUCGGUGAACAGUCAGGCGGAGGGUUCCUGUUUUUGAGUUUUCGUCACGACUUAUCGGUCUCUUCAUCAACUCUGAUUGAGAAUCAAACACAACGAGAAAAUAUCUUACUUUCCCUCCAUGGAUUCUUCAACAUCGUCUCUCCACCUGGCCAUGGCGGCCUUGGCGGGGGCCUCACUGAUGGCCAUCUCAGCCUUCUACAUCCACAAGCGCAGCGUUGACCAGGUCCUCCAGCGUCUCAUCAAUAUUCGCCGCAAGCCCACUCGCGGUGCCCAUAAUCGCUUUGUCAUCGAAGAUGACGAAGCAGAAGAAGUGCUAGAAGAUGACGGAGGGUGGGGCUCCGACGGAGAGAUGGCGGUUGAUCCGAGAAUGUUGUCCCGGAGUCUGUCGAGGUCCCUGGACGAGAAUAUGAUUCCCCCUUACAGAAUUUCUUCGUCGAUGCCCAACGUGGCUUCGAGAAAUGAUUGGCUGGAGGAGGGCCCCGAGCCUGAUCAGCCACUGCUGGGAUUUAGGGCCCGAGGUUUUGGUUACUCUCUCGACAAACUCAAUUUGAUUCCCUUGGGCCUUCGACCUCUUCGAAUGGAUCAAAGAGACGGAGAGGAUCAAUUUGUGAAACAUUCUAGUAUGGAUUCAAGGAUGGCAUCUGUUGGUAGGCUAGUGACGCCAAGAUCCCCUGGUGGCAAUACUUAUGAUAAUGCUGAAGAUUCUGGUGAGGAAGGAACUGAACUUGCAUAUGGGGACGAAGUGCUUUUCAACUAUGGAUAUAUAGAUAUUGGAGCUGAACUCACAAAUGCACAAGAUGUAAAUACAAACAAUCCAAACAUGUGCACUGUUCCAAUAAUGGAUGAUCGCGAGAAUGGUAUGCAAGAUAACAUGUCCGGGGCAACUGUUAGUGUAGCAAAAGCGGGUUUUGAUCUUUGUGGAAAUGGAAAGGUUGAUGCAGCUUCAGUGCACAUAUUAGGGGAUGAUCCUAAGUCUUCCAACACUAAUUUACCUAUGAGAAAAACACUGCAUGAGUCAACAAGCGUAGAAGAGGAAGAUGUAUGGAGAAUGAUUUGUGAAUGUUUAGAUUUGCGUAAAACUUAUGUCUACCGAGAAGAGGUUGAACCAUGUAUGAGGGAAGUUGUGGUGGAAUCUAAUACAUCAGAGAUGAGCAGGGAUCCAUUUCACUUUGAACUCGCUGAAGCAACAGCUCACUUUUUCAAAAUGGAAGAUGGAGUUGUUCAUGUUUACGCCAGUAAACAUGAUACUGCUGAUCUUUUCCCUGUUGCAAGUUCAACACAAUUUUUUACUGAUAUGCAUCACCUUCUAAAAGUUCUGUCUAUUGGAAAUGUUAGAUCUGUGUGCCAUCAUAGACUCCGAUUUCUUGAGGAGAAAUUCCGCCUUCAUUUGUUACUAAAUGCAGACGGGGAGUUUCUGGCUCAAAAGAGUGCACCGCACCGUGAUUUUUACAAUAUCAGGAAAGUUGAUACACAUGUGCAUCAUUCUGCAUGCAUGAACCAGAAGCAUCUCCUUCGCUUCAUCAAGUCAAAGCUUAAAAAGGAACCUGAUGAGGUUGUCAUAUUCAGAGAUGGAAAAUAUAUGACCCUUAAGGAAGUUUUUGAGAGUUUGGAAUUGACAGGGCAUGAUCUGAAUGUUGAUUUGUUGGAUGUACAUGCUGAUAAAAGCACUUUCCAUCGAUUUGACAAAUUCAAUCUUAAGUAUAAUCCUUGUGGACAGAGCAGACUUAGAGAGAUAUUUUUAAAGCAGGACAACCUUAUCCAAGGUCGGUUUUUGGCAGAAGUAACCAAGCAAGUUUUGUCAGAUCUUGAAGCAAGCAAAUACCAGAUGGCAGAGUACAGGAUUUCCAUUUAUGGAAGGAAACAAAGUGAAUGGGAUCAGAUGGCAAGUUGGUUUGUUAACAAUGAAAUUUAUAGUGAGAAUGCCGUAUGGUUAAUCCAGCUUCCACGACUCUAUAACGUGUACAAGAAAAUGGGAAUUGUUACCUCUUUUCAGAAUAUCUUAGAUAAUGUGUUCAUUCCACUAUUUGAAGUCACAAUUGAUCCAAGUUCUCAUCCUCAACUACAUUUGUUCCUGAUGCAGGUGGUGGGUUUUGAUCUUGUGGAUGAUGAAAGUAAACCAGAAAGGCGCCCAACUAAGCACAUGCCAACACCUGCUGAAUGGACCAAUGAGUUCAAUCCGGCAUAUUCCUAUUAUUCUUAUUACUGCUAUGCAAAUUUGUAUAUUCUCAACAAGCUUCGUGAAUCAAAAGGGAUGCCAACAAUAAAAUUGCGGCCCCACUGUGGAGAGGCGGGUGAUAUUGACCAUUUGGCUGCUGCAUUCCUUCUGUGCCAUAAUAUUUCUCAUGGGAUAAAUCUGCGGAAAUCUCCAGUUUUGCAUUUGUAUUACCUUGCACAGAUUGGAUUGGCUAUGUCACCCCUGAGCAAUAACUCCCUUUUCUUGGACUAUCAUCGCAAUCCCUUGCCCAUGUUCUUCCAGCGUGGCCUGAAUGUCUCACUCUCAACUGAUGAUCCUCUACAAAUCCAUUUAACGAAAGAACCCCUCGUUGAAGAAUAUAGUGUUGCUGCAAAGGUCUGGAAGCUCAGUGCUUGUGACCUCUGUGAGAUAGCUAGAAAUUCUGUCUAUCAAUCUGGGUUUUCCCAUGUCACAAAGUUGCACUGGCUUGGUGAUAAGUAUUUUUUGAGAGGCCCUGAAGGAAAUGAUAUUCGUAAAACAAAUGUUCCCAAUUUAAGGAUAUCAUUUCGACAUGAGACAUGGAAGGAAGAGAUGCAGUAUAUCUACUCAGGAAAAGCCAGGUUUCCUGAAGAGAUAGAAUCAUGAACCAAACAAUACAGAAUUCAUUCUUCGCACUUCCUAGGUGGAUCCUACUGGCAAUGAAAGGUGGUGAUGAAUUGCGUUGAUAUGAAUACUCAUGCGUGGCUUAUCUCUGCAAAGUUCCAGUCCUCUGCUUCAUUUAGUAUAAUAAUUUGUUAGGAGUAGCAGUUUCCGGAAGAAAAGUUAAUAAAGCUUUGAGGACUGUUACAAAUUACAAUUUUGCUAGACCAAUAUUGGCAUAUUCUCUCAGUAGAAAAACCCGUUGGCCGAUUUGUUCAGGUCGAGUGGGUAUUUAUUUAAGAUUUUACCAGUAAACAGUGAUUUAGGAAUUGGAGUUGCAAUCUUUAUUGCAUUGAUUUAGGGCAUGAAACUUUGGGAAAUGACUUCUCUCUUUGGAAUAUGAGUUUUGCUACCUACAAUUAUUUUUGCGUA